AAGACGACCGGACAUAAGUAACUUAUGGGCCAAUCCAACACAACUACACAGCUGUCUAAUUAUAGUUCAUCUUAAUAUAAUCCGACUCAAUCGGCAUAGGGUUUUGCAUAGGGUUUUUCAAGUCAAUAAAUUUUCCUUCAAGUCAAUUUUGGAAAAGUUUCCAUGGAUCCUUCAGCUCUUCAGUCCCCAGAAUUACAGCAACUUCUCGAACAAGAGAAGGAAAGGGCUAUGAUGACUGAAAUGGUUGGAAAGCUUACAAGUGCUUGCUGGGACAAAUGCAUCACUGGAACUCCCGGAAGCAAGUUCAGCUCCAGCGAAUCUUAUUGUCUAACCAACUGUGCACAACGCUACAUAGAUAUGAGCCUCAUUAUUGUCAAACGCUUUCGGAACAUGCAGUGAAGAGCGAUUAGCUUCAUAUUUUGCUUACUUUUCCAUUCCCACAUACUUACAGUUGUCACUAGCAGUACUUUUCUGGUGCAAUUUUAUUGAUGUUUCUUGUUGGUUAAUCUACUAGCUGCAGGAUGCUAUCUCUAAUUUUAUUU